UGAUGUGUCCGCAUAAAACCUAUCAGCGGGUCGCAUGGGUUCUCCUUCCCGCCCAAAUCUUUCCACUCCGCAAUCGCCAUUUUUCUCCGUAACCCUAGGUUGCCCUAACCCACCCCCAAAACCCUAACCCUAACCAAACCCCGAACGAUCCAAAAACCCUAACCCCCAUCUCGAUCAAUUCCCCUCCCCUUACGCCUCCUGUGUCGCUCCAAAACCUAGGGUUUAUUUAGGGGGUGAGGGGGUGUUGUGCGGGGCGAUAAUGGAUCCGAACCCUAAUCCUCCUUCGGUGGAGGGGAGGAACUGGGCGGAGCUUUCCCCGGACGUGCUCUCGGUGAUCUUCGGGAAGAUCGGGGCCGUCGAGAUCCUGAUGGGGGCGGGGCGCGUGUGCCGCGGGUGGCGCCGCGUCGCGCGUGAGCCGCUGCUGUGGCGGCGCGUCGACAUGACCCACCUCGACCAUCUCGGUGAGGCGGAGAUGGAGGCGAUGGCGAGGUUGGCGGUGGACUGGAGCGCGGGGCGGAUGGAGGAGUUCUCGGCCGCGCGCUUUGGUAGCGACGAGCUUUUGCUGUACAUCGCGGAGAGGGCAAACUUGUUGAAAUCACUUUGCCUCGUAUCAUGCUACGACAUUUCCGAUGAAGGGUUGACUGAGAUGGUCAAGAGGUUCCCUUGCUUAGAGAAACUUGAGAUAAUAUUUGGUUCAUUCACCAUGAAAUUGUGUGAAUCCGUUGGUCAAGCAUGCCCACAGCUUAAACUAUUUAAACUGAACACUAAAGGGUCCUAUUACAUGUCAGACGAUGAAGAGGAACUCGAUAAUACCGACGACUGUGAUGCACUUGGAAUAGCCAAAACUAUGCAUGAGCUCCGUCAACUUCAACUCUUCGGUAACAAGGUAACUAAUGAAGGAUUAAAGGCCAUUCUUGAUAGCUGUCCUCACCUUGAGUCGCUCGAUAUACGCCGGUGUUUCAAUUUGAAUAUGGAUGCGAGCAUGAAGGCAAUGUGUUCGAGAAUAAGGAAUCUGAGGCUACCAGAGGAUUCUGCCGAUGACUAUGAGUACGAUGCUGCUGUUGGCCCCUUCGAUGAAGAUGACGAUGAUGAUAUCUUCUCAGAAAAUUCUGAGUUUGAUGAUAUGAUGUAUGACAAUGACUAUGACUACGAUUACAUUGAUUAUGACUACCAGCAUGGUAUUGGUGACGAUGAUGAUCACCUGAAUCUCUUUUUUCUACUCUGAAAUUAGUGGGCCUUUUUUCCUGUCGUAUAGAUGACCAAAAGCUCAUUUGUAAGUAGUGUUUGAUCUCCUAGCGGAGAAACUGCUUUUUUGGCAACUGUCUGCUUUUGCUCCUUUCUGGAUAGUGUUGAAUGGUUGAAGGCAUAAUUAUGCUUUGUAUGGACAUGUCUUGAAUGCUAUAGUAAGUUUAAACAUUUCUAUGUA